UCUGUCUAUCUGUCUCUCUCUCUGUGUAUCUCUCUGUCUAUCUCUCUCUAAUUUAUAAUUUUCUCUUUCCAUGUCCUUCAAUUCUCUGUCACUGUCCCUCCCUCUUUCAUCUUUACUCUCUCCCUCUCUUUUAUUACACCAAGAGUACCUCGUUUGCUUUCCAGUCUCGUUAGGAGAAAUUGGAAUGUACAAAAAUCACAUAAAAGACACCAACAACAAUUGCAAUAAAAGCCUUCUCCUUGACCAUAAGGUAAGCUGCACAGUUUAUCAUUUCACCCUUGGGUUUGUCUAAAGGGAAGUCAGCCAAAAGAAAGUUAAAUUAAUUAUGAAAGAGAUUAUGUUUGGGAAAAGGCUCUCCCAUAAAAUCUAAUAGGCUAUAUCGAUGGGACAUUUUUAAAGUACAUUUUCAAUGGCACAACAAUAUCAUGUUCAAUAAAUAAAUGACUUCUAAACUCAUAGGAAAAACUAUUAUCUAAAUGCAUGCAUGCUGAACGUACUCUUUUGUUAAAUAACUUAAGUCACUAUUCUGUCACUAUUUAACAUUGUUUCUCUGUCUGUUUUUCCAUUCUCUCCUCUCCCCUCAUGUUUGUCUAUGUGCGUGUUACAGGAGAAGCUGAUCCAGGCUAUUAAAAGAAUAAAGCAUGAGGUAGACGAGUGCUGGGAGGCAGAGAGAGAGACGUACAUAUGGUCUGUUGGUGUAGAGAGAUGUUUUGAUAAUCUGGAACGGGAGGUCCGAGCUGAGUUCCAGAACCUCCAUCGCUUCCUGGACGAAGAGGAGACCAUGGACAUGGAGCGACUGAAGAAGGAGAAAGAGAAGAGGGUGAAGCUGCUUAGGGAGAGAGAGAAGAAGAUCGCCAUGCAGGGAAGAGAUCUAGAGAGAGGCAUUGCCACGCUAAACAACAAACUGGCCGAGGAGGAUAGUCCCAAACUGCUCAAAGAGAUUCAAGACCUCUUGAAAAGGCAAGUGUUUAUAUUUAAUUAUUUAACUGAUUAUGACUCCAUCUAUCUCUCGUGUCACAAAUCACUCCCUUCUCCUGAUCGGCCAUAA